AUUGGUUAUCCUUGCACAUCGGACUGUAAACAUGAGUGAGCCAAACAACCACUGCAGCAUUCAGCUGUGUUUACAUCGCUCAAACACAGCGAGGAACUAAUGGACAAUUUCUUUAUUAAAUCUUUAAAUUAGACACUGAAGUCAAACAGUAAAUGUCUCGUACACGAUUGAGAUUUUUUUCGGAAACACAUGUAGGCAUUUUACGAUGUAAAUGGAUGUUGUUUACGUUAGUGCGUCAUAUAUGUCACACCCUGCCGUAGCUGUCUAAAGGUGAAAUUCAUCAGAAAGGUGGCUGGUGAGCUGUAUCACCCCAUCAAGAUGAGCCAAGAUGUCCCCAUCCACAGUUGGCCUGGCUCUUAUUACAUCAACAGUGAAAAACGUUGGGUCAGCGGCACCCUUUCUUUAACCCGCACUACCCUGCGAUUCACCUCUGAGCAGAACCAGGAGAGUCUGGCUGGUUUGCGGCUCUCGCGCAUCAUGGAGAUCAAGAUGGAAUCCUCCAGCUUCAUUUUCAGCUCUCUGACUGUGUUGGAGCAGGGAAACAUUAAGCACUGGUUCAGCUCCCUUAGGCCCUGCCGUGCCACUGUUUACCAUGUGCUGGAGCACUUCUGGAGGGAACGGCUGCUGUCGCCCACGGCACCCCAGGGAGCCGAAGCUCCCCUCAGUAAAGGCCAGGAGCUGAUCAACCUAAUAUCUGGAGCUCAGCGGAGGCUUGAUGACACUGGGAAGGUUCUGUACCACCAGGGAGAGCAGUUUGACAACAUGAUUCAAGGCCUGGACAAGAUUGAUUCAGAUCUGAAUGUGGCUGAUAAACUACUCUCUGAACUUGAGUGUCCAUCUUGGUGGCCUUUUGGCAGACUACCAUGGAAGUGCCAUCAAGAAGCCAAAUCUGAGGCAGCUGCCAAAUCAGCCUACACCAAAGGAUCAGGCAAGGGCCAAAAAAUCAUAACCAGCAUUCCAGCCAUUGUCUCCCAUGGUGGGAACUCUGGGGACAUGAAACCAGGCAGCCUGACGGUGUUUGUCUCUUCCCUGGAGGUUCGAGAAGCAAACGGACAACUCCUCCAUCGCUUUGAGAGAGAAGAGGUGGACGAUAUCCGCGUACACAACCCCUACGAGAUAAGCAUCCGACAGCGGUUUAUCGGCAAGCCUGACAUCUGUUAUCGAGUUCUGUCUGCCAAAAUGGUGGAAGCUUUGUCUGUACUAGAGAUGCAGUACAAGAAGAAAAUUGAGUUUACCCGAGACUACGCUGCGUUUCAGAUGACCCCAGCAACGACACCAGGCAGCCCGGAUGGUGCAGGAAACAUCUGGAGUGCAGGUCAUGGGCAGGAGACAGAUGUACCAGUGGAGGUGCCUGCUGGUGAACUGACUCAACUGCAGCUACAAGUGCUGCAGCCCACUGUAACCGAAGCAGAAGCACAGGAGCUCAGACAGAUGCUACAGCAACUGAAGACUCUGGCCCUGGAGGCUGAGACAGAGCUGGAACGACAGGACGAGGCUCUUGAUGUACUGAGCUCUUCUACUGAUCACGCCACCAUGAAUAUAAACAGACACACUCGCCGCAUGAGGAAACUGCUGUGAUCUCCUGAACUUUUGAUCACGCGAUGAACUGUAAGAUAUAUCCGCAGGUACACAUAAUAUAAAAAGACAAAUAUUUCCCAGUAGAGCAGUACUUCCGCUUAAUAAGUUUAUAGUAUUCGUUUCAUCUUUAUGAGUAAGGCGUGGCUAUUCAGAAAGCUGUAGAUUCUAAGUGCACUUGGUCACUGAUCUCUGAUAGCAAUACUAAACAUCAGCCAUUAUGUGAGCUUUGUGUUGAAGCAGUGAUGCAUUUUAGGGGCUAGAUAACAACAGUCAUCCAUUGAGAAUGUGUACUCUACGUGUAGCGAUUGAGUAAAUCACUACUAAACCGUAACGUAAAAUUUAAUAUGGUGUAACUUCAGGCUACCUUGAGAUUUUGUGUGUUGAAAACAGCAUGAUAGCAUGCCACUCAUUUGUAAUAAAUUUUGAAAGCAGUAUGCAUUAGAGGUCUUCAUGGGUCCACGUAUAACCGAAAACCGGAGGUCAACCCGAGACCCUGACCAUACUAACAUGAAACGAAAGUGACGACUCUUACCUGGACGACGGUGUAAUCCUUAAAAAAUUCAAACAUCAGAAUAUAACUCAUUUUUGCAUUCAAUUCCAUUCAUUAUUUGUCAUGUAAUGUUUACUCAAUAAUUUAAUUUAUUUUUUCAGUGACGCAUUUAUUUAUUUAAUUUGUUAGUAAUGUGCAGCGCAACUAAACCCCGCCCCCUCAUGGCAAACUUUGGGUAAUAUCAGCUGUUUAAGUGUCCAUGGAUGAAUGUUCGAAUUUUCACCUUAAACGCCGCCAUUUUAGUCACGUCCGCAUUCAAGAUGAGAGUGUACGAAGUUUGCGAAGGGUUCUCUGCUGCUGCUCUGUGUCCCCGCCCUCCGCAUUUGUCAUAUAUCACUAAGAAAAUUGCGUACACUACGCUGAUACUCUCUCCUAAAUACAGAGGAGUCUAAGAUGGCGGCGUUACCGGAAGCAAGUUAUUUUAGUUUAUAAAGUUUUAAAUAUGUAUAUUUCUACAACAACACUGCAUGGAUUACCCUCAUAAGACCUUUGUUUAUCAUCCUGGAGCCGUUUGGAUUUGUUUGGGGAAGGAUAAAUGCAUUUUUUGCACUUUACAUUUAAACAACGGAAAGAUAUAAGAUAUUUUCUAAAAUAUUCUCACGAAUUCCAGAUUUAGAAGGUGUCCAGCAUCAGAAUUUUUAAAAAGCCAUUGAAGCCCAUUUUUUUUGCACAUAUAAGAUUAAGGUCCGAACUUACUUUAACCAUUAUUUUUAGAGGAUUUAAAAAAUAUUUCCUAUAGAAUUAUUUAAAUUUUUUUAGACUAUCAUUAUCAAAAAUUAUCAUUACCGCAACAUGAUAUGACAUUAAAUAUAUGCAUUUACAAACUCAUGUUUCGGUAAUGAGAACUAGGUACUAUGACAAACAAAAAUUCAACUUUUAUCUGGAGAGAAAAAAUAAGAACUGCUUACCUGGUAGCCAUCUUGAGUGUCACAGUCAAUUAUGUCCCUUCCAGCUAUUUUCUUGUUGAAAAUUUUAGUUCUUUGAGGGCUUAAACAAUGAUUGAAAAUUGUUGCGGAGGAUGAGAAAAUUGGUCUUGGACACAUUUAUAUUCCUUAUUAUUGUCUCUACAUUUACCAAUGAUAACCAAAUACCACAUGUUUCUUUAAUGUUUAAUGGUAUAACAUGCACUUGAAGCUUUUUAUUUUUUAGAUUUUUUAAUUAUAAAUAUUUCCAUGUCAAAAAACCCAAAUCCAAUCAUGGGCACAUUGCGGUAAUGAAAAUGUUCCUCUUAAAUGUGGAAAAAACAACAAAAUUGGUUUGUAUGAUGUCAUUUGAAAUCAUGUGCAAAAUAGUACAUGAAGAGAUGUUUAUAACUGUAUGCUUCUUAUUUUUAUACUCUUCCUUUGCAUUUACUUUUUUAAUCAAAAUUUUUCAUGACACCUCAUAAGUCUGAUUUCUAGAAUCACCCAAGAGCACUUGCGACAUCAUGUGGCUUAGCGGGAGGUUAAUUUUCGUUGUGCCAGACCUGUCAAUCAAUUUUUAAUGCACACUGUAGCGGUUACCUUGGUGUCAUCAUCAGCUAACAAAUAGAGCCAACGGCCAAAUUGGUUGUGAGGCCACCGGGGUUUCUUUCUGUCUGCCUGAUGCGUGCCGGGGCUGAAGACUGGACACACAUCUGUGCCGUGUACAUGCCGGUCCAAUGUCGUAAAAAAUGCCACUGGGUCAGGACGGACUCGGCUCUAACUUUGUCAGGUUUGUCUCGGGCCUUUAAAAAAAAAAGAUUUAUGCACAUCAGGUUUGGGUAAACAGUGAUUUGGGUAAUUUCGAACCCAAGAAGACCUCUAUUAUGCAUACUAUAUUGUGGUAUAGGUGUAGUUGACAGUUGGCAAUGAAGCACAUUUAAAAAAUUAGUUGAACCACACUGACGCUUGUCUACACAAUGCUAAAAAAAUCAUUUUCUGCAUCACAUUUUGCAUGGCUUAACCUUUAUUCUUUGGAAAGAAACAACAACAAAUGUGAGCGUUAUGUUGUUAUAAAAUCUGAAUGUUUCAUAUCUGUUUUUUUAUUCGAUUAUGCACUUUAUCUCAGGCAUAACCCUGUGUAAUUUACAUGACAAUUACAUGUGUGCUGAAUUUCAAUUACAUUGUUGAUUCCCGUAAACCCAUCGUGCUGUAUUUAUUUACUGUAUUCUUUGUGAUCAAGGCAACUGUAUAAUAAACUUAAACUUAUA